CACCACUCUGCUGAUCCCCUUCACCUUAAAAAUUUGGAUCCAUCUGGCUCUUCAAUUAUCUUAUUGUGACAUCUAGCAACUUUACCCUAGUUCUACUGCGCUGUCCAACAUACAGUAAAACACUUCAUAUAAAGAACACAUUUCCAGGACAAAAUGGGAUCAGCCCAGUCAAAAAGGAGAUCUUCUAAAUUCAUUUCAAACGCGUUCACCAGAAGAAUUGUGGUGUUGGGAAAAACUGGAGCUGGGAAGAGCAGCCUCGCCAACACUAUAUUUGGAGAGAAAUUAUACGAAACAGAUUCUUCAGCUAACUCUGGAACAAAGCAGUGUCAAGCAGUGGUGAGAGAAGUCAAUGGAAAGAGCAUAAAACUCAUCGACACCCCUGGAUUUUUUGACACAGGGAGGGACGAGAAAGAGAUAAAAGAUGAAAUCUUGAAGUGUCUGAUUGAGAGUGCUCCUGGGCCUCAUGUUUUUGUGAUUGUGCUUACAUUGGAUACACACACACAGCAGGAGGAAGAGAUCAUAGAAAAGAUGACUGAAUAUUUCUCAGAUGAAGCUUUUAAGUUCACCACAGUGCUUUUUACACAUGGGGACCAGCUACCUGAAGGCAGAACAAUUGAGGAGUUUGUAUGUGACAGUAAAUACUUAGAUAAUUUUAUCAAAAAAUGUGGCAACCGCUGCAACGUCAUUGAUAAUAAAUACUGGAAGAACUCUAAAAAUGGUUACAGGAGCAAUGAGUUCCAUGUAAAAGAACUUUUAAACACAAUAGACAACAUUGUUUUGGAAAAUGCUGGUGGGCACUCUACCAAUGAGUACCUUGAGGAACUAGGCAGAGAUUUAACGCAAGAGCAGGAGCACAUAGAGCAAGAAUCUCCAGAUCUUUUACCAGAUAAUAUCCAAGAAAAGGCCAAAGUUGUAGUCCAGGAAAAUCGGUCACAUUAUCUCUUGAGAGUCAGCAUAGGGUUCCUGUUAAAAACCUUCCUAAGCAACAACAGUCAUUUGAUUAGAGAAGAACUGUUACAUGCUCUGGGAGUUGUGUUGACAAAUUUAUUUAUAACUGCAGCACAAAGAGCAACUUUAGCAAAGUUCCUCUGCUGGACAACAGCUGCAGUAGAGGGAGCAACUGCAGCUUCAGAAGUUGCAGCAGGAGAAGCAGCACUAAAAUAAAGAAAGUGACAACAGCAUCCAAUGCUAUAAUUGCCUCUGGGGGGUAAAUAUCUGUAUAUACACACAUGAUCUCAUAAUUUGUUAGCAAACUGUGUGUUGCCAAAAGGCACUUGGUUACAGCUAAAAUCUUUGUUGCCUGAUUUCUAUUAACAAGAUUUGUUGUGGUAUAGAGGCGAGCAGGACAUUGCAUACCUAAAACAUCUUAUGAUAACACAUUUUUUAGUAUUUAAGUGUAACAGUUUUAACUGACCCUGGUGUCUGUUAAAUACAUUGUUUAAUAAAUGGAAGGCCCUGCCACAUAGUACUAUGACUAAAUUCAGAAGAAAUUAAUGGAAGAAUGGAUAGCAACAAGGUAAAGACACUCAGAACACAUUAACAAGAUAUCAACUAUAUUAAUGGGGUUUUAUAGAGUUUAUACUUGGAGUGCUGACCCCUUUUUAUUGAACAAAUCUUCUUUAACAAAAUUAGAUUUUCUCCUCUGUUCUCCAAGUAGAUCAUGUUUUUUCUUCUUACGGCGGAAAGAGCUUACAAGUUCAUACCACCAUCUAGUAUAAAUUGAUGUUUAACAUUUAUAGAUUCCACCUACUAAGAUGUGGUUAUUUUAGUUUGCCAUUAUGACGAUUGAUAAAUAA